CAGUCAGCUAUUUUUAAUUUCCAAAGUUUGUUGACAGUAGUUCUUUUACUGAUUUGUACUUGUGCUUACAUCAGAUCAAUUGCUCCCAGUUUACUGGAUAAAAACAAAGAAGGACUUCUUGGUGUUUUUUGGAAGUGCGCCAGAAUCGGAGAAAGAAAAAGUCCUUACGUUGCUCUGUGUUGCGUGGCGAUGGCGUUCAGCAUUCUUUUCCUUUCAUAA